CAAACACAGCGUUCGAAGAAUCGAAUCUCACAUCAAUAAAAUAACGAGCAGCAGAACAGAACCAACAAACGAUCAAGUAGUAAGUAAUUACACCAUGAGCAGCAGCAACAACAAUCCUGCGAGUGACGAUGUGGGCAGCAAAGUCCUGAGUGUGGAGUCCACAGUUCCAGAGGGCGCUGUGAAUCAACUAGCUGCGUUGACGGCGGGGAACAAGCGUCCCGCGACUGGUGCUGGAGGCGGCAAGACAAAGUUUGCUCGAGUCUCGGAUUACGAGUUGUUGCCCGAAGACGAACAAGGUCAAUUGAAAUGGCGUGCGGAUCCAAAAGUUACCUUUAGCGAUUGGACCAUUCAAGUUGUGUCGGAAGGAGAAGCUCCUGCAAUCGACACUAAGGUUAGUGCUAUCAGUGCUAGUCCCGCACCGGCUCCCGAUGUUGCUGCCAGUACCACGGCGACUCCUGCACCCGUCACCAAGGGCAGCAUGAUUUCCCCUUCGCCUCAUCCAACCAAAAAGGCAGAGGCGAAAUCGUCAGACGAUCUCAAGACUCCCGCUGCCAAGGCUGUCGUUGAGAUCAAGACUCGUACCGAUACCUACAACGUGCAUCGCUACUUUCUCGGUUUUGGAAGUCGUCGAUCCGAGUACUUUGGCCGGAUCUUUCAAGAAGCCAAAUCGGGAACCAAAAGCAAACUCGAACUGGAACCUCUUGCGGCAAAGGCAUUCCCCGAUGUUUUGGAUUUCCUUUAUGAUCCUCGCUCGCCCCUCCAGAUUGAAACCGAAACGGCCGUCGCAUUGCAUCAUCUCGGAAUCAAGUUGGAAAUGACGCAUCUUCAGCAUUACGCCAAAGAAUUCUGUCAAUCGGAUCUUAGUUUGAGCAAUAUCGAAACAUACUAUGCUCAAGCCAAACUAUUCGAUGAUUCCGCCGUCAUGGAUCUCGUGGUGCAGUUUGUCGGAAAGAACGUUACCGAGAUUUCUGCCACGUCCAACUUUGUCCGGCGUCAGACCAACGCCGCACUCUGGAAACAGGCACUCGAACAUGUGUUGGUGGCAUCCUCCAAUUUUGCCACGGAUUUGCACUUGUCCAAGUUGAUUUCCGAAUUUGGUGCGGCCAACAAGGAUACAUUGACGGCAGCCAUGUUUGUCGAUCUCACGGACGAAUCCAAGAUUCGAAAGGUCGACCCCGAUGCGGCAUUGGCAUUGUGUCAACUCGAUGAUGACUUGCAUGCCCGCAGUGCUGCUGGUAGUGACAGUAGCAAGGAACUCUCGUCGCUUCAACAACGCUGCGCUACGGCAUUGGCGAAAACAUGGAAAGAAUUGGAUGCUUCCGAUGCCAUGGUUCAGGGUCGAUCUGCCAGCUUUUUGGUCCAUUUGCUCGGCAAGUGUCUCCAAGAAGCCAAGACGGAGAACGAGAAAUUGGUGGGACCCGGUACCCGCAGUACGACUCCCCGAGGCGGUGGCGGUCGUCCUCGCAAGACGGCAGCCGAUCGCGUGGAUUCUUCGACCACCACCACGGCGAGUGGUCGCUCUACCAGUCGAUCGAGGGCCGCUCGUGGUUCUCAUUAAUUAUUAUGAGAGUAAUUACUGCAAGGCAAGAGUGCUGCUGCGUGGUGGCGACUGUUGUUUGCUUGACAAAACGGGCUGGAUUUUUGGGUUUGGAACAACGACGCAACAAAAACUGGCUGUGUAUGGCUUGCAUGGUACGGGUGCCUGUGAUGCAGACAGGCUGUUUGGUUGCUUCUCUUUUUUGCUCUUGGCAGACGGAAAAUGCAUCCUCUUUGGACUGGAACGAACGACUUGGGAUUACUACAAUACAUGUAUUAUCGUUGUGUGCUGUGACUUUAUUUAUUCAAUCAAUCUAUGGCUGUCUGGCUGGCUGUCAUUUCCCCCUUUGUGCAUGCAUUGCACUCUACUAACUAAAUUGACAACACCAAGAAACCAAGAUACAUGUGAUUUAAAAACACUAUAAAAGAGAUAGCUGGUACCGUACUACCGGUACUGGUACUGUAUUAGCUCGAGAAGGAGACCAUGGGAAGGA